CGGUUUUUGAAAAUGUACGGUUGAUAAUAAAACCUUUAUGAAAGUUACAUUUUAAACAGAAUAAGAAGAAAUGAGUUAUAAUAGAGGCAGAUUUACUUACCGGAAACGUGGUUUUUCACGUGGAGGAAGUAGUUCAUCAGGACGGAGCACCCCAUCAAACGAAUCAUCUGUGCAAUCUUUUACCAAUUCUGCUAAUUUACCGGAAGUUGUCAGAAGAUCUGGAGAGCAACCUUUAAUAUCAGUUGCUUUGGACGUUAUUCCUGGACCUUAUCCAGGAUGGAAACUGUAUUUCCCUUUAGAAGUUUAUACCGCUGGAUCUCAGACAGUAAAAAAUAUCAAAGCUACUGAAUCCCAUAUCACAAGAAGAACGGUUUUAUAUAACCUGCAAAGAUGUAGAAAAUUAUUGUGGUACCCUAUACAUAUGAGGGCUCUCUUAGGAGAUCCAGUAUUUAUGGAAGAUUGGCCUAUGUUUCAAGAGGAUCUAAGAGAAAAGCCGGAAUAUACUUUGAACUGCUUGGGGCUAGCCAUGCAUCAGGUACUUUCGAUGCAAAAUGAGUCAACUGAUUCAUCAAACCUGGAUAUGGUAAUGGCUAGAGUGAUGGGGCACGGACCUGUAAUACCUUUGAAAAAUAUUCGUGUACACAGCUAUAGUAAACUUGUUACAAUAAAAGGCACAGUAAUUCGUGCUGGUAACCCAAAGCUGCUUUGCACCUGGAUGACAUUUGCUUGUCGCUCCUGUUUUGCACAGCAGAUGGUAAAACAGCCUGCCGGUGUAAUGGCCCAACCAGAAAAAUGUGUAGGGGAAAACUGUCUAAUUCGUACAAAUUUUAUUCCAAUUCUUGAUACACCGUGCACAAGAACGACUGCUUGGCAGACUUUAAAAGUGCAGGAGUUGAAAACUGCAGAUCAGUUUGAAUCAGGCAGAGUACCCAGGAAUGUAAAUAUUGAAGUAACAGCAGACUUGGUUAAUUUAUGUUGUCCAGGAGAUGAUGUGACUAUCACUGGAAUUGUGCAGGUGAGAGCUUUAGAUGAUCAUUCUAGACGAGAUCAAGCAUCAAUGUACAAAAUGUAUCUUGAAGGCAUAUCUAUACAAAAUCAAAGAGAAAAUGUAGUUGAAGAUGAAUACACAGAACGAGAUUAUGCAGCAAUACAAGCAAUCAAAUCAGAGCCUGAUGUUUUUCGAUUGCUUGUUAAUUCUCUGUGCCCUCUGAUUUGCGGCCGAGAAUGUCCUAAAGCUGGUCUCAUUCUAGCUUUAAUGGGAGCUACAAAAACAUCAGAGUCAGAUUUUAUAAAUAGGAACGAGUGUCAUGUUUUGAUAGUUGGAGAUCCGGGGUUGGGAAAAAGUCAGAUGUUGAAGGCUUGUGCUGAUGUUGCCCCUAGAGGUGUUUUUGUAUGUGGAAAUACGAGUACUUCUUCCGGUCUCACAGCCAGUGUAACUUCUGGCGGCCAGACUUCAUCAGAGUCAGGUAUUUCUUCAGGAAACAGCACCAGUGGUGUGGAAGCCGGUGCCCUGGUACUUGCCGAUGGUGGUGUAUGCUGUAUUGAUGAAUUUGAUAAAAUGACCAAACAGCACUCGGCUUUGCUCGAAGCAAUGGAGCAACAAUGUGUCUCUUUAGCCAAAGCAGGUGUAGUCUGCUCCCUUCCUGCCAGAUGUGCAGUCGUGGCCGCUGCAAAUCCUGAUAAAGGCGUUUACAACAGAUCCAAAACCUUAAAGGAAAAUGUUAAUUUAAGCUGUGCCCUUCUGUCUAGAUUUGAUUUGGUAUUUGUGCUGUUGGAUAUUCCUGAUGAGCAAUUGGAUACACUUCUGACGGAGCACGUAUUUUCAAUGCAUCUGACUAAAGAGGAACGAAAAUCUAGAAAUAGCAGAAUUUUUGAGACUCCAAUGAGUCAAAAUGAACGUCAACAGCCACGAUGUCUUGAGGAAAGAUUAAGAUUGAGACACGGAGAAAGAUUUGAUCCUUUGCCGACUGUUCUUAUGAGGAAGUAUAUAAGCUAUGCUAGAAAGAACGUGCAGCCUAAAUUGACAAAAGAGGCUGCUGAGGAAAUAAAAAGAUUCUAUUUGGGUCUGAGACAAGUUCGUCAGGGUGCUGAUAGUAUGCCAGUUACACUCAGGCAACUUGAAGCUCUAAUUCGGCUAACGCAAGCAAGAGCAAGAGUGGAUCUAUCGCCUGAAGCAAAAAUAGAACAUGCAAGAGAUGUUAUCGAGUUAACAAAAUUUGUCAUUCAGAUUAUUCUGCGAUGGUAUUGGAACUUUGAUGUCAACAGAGGAGAAUACUUCGAGCAAAUGAGCCAAAAUUCAAAGAUCAAGCGGUUUUUAUCUUUAAUUCAAAAGAGAUCAGAAGUGACAAUGAAGACAAUUUUCACUCUGAAUGAAUUGAAAGAGACGGCUAGCAAUGGUGGUCUGGUGCAUCACGGAUUUGGGUCGGAUUUUAGAGAAAUGAUAGACAAACUAAAUGAACAGGGCUGUCUUUUGAAGAAGGGACCGAAACUUUAUCAACUGCUGGUAGUUUGA